GUGGCGCGCGUUGGAGGGACGCCUUCGGUCGCCCAAGCUGCUCCAGCUACAUCGAAGGGGGGUUUCUGCGGCUCUCGGACACGUUAAUUAAGUUGCGUAGCGAAGUAAAGGGAAGUGUCGCGUUUGAUGUUGGGGACCGGGUCCGUUUUCCGAGAUUUACUUAUACUACCUACGGCCCGAGACUCGUCGAGAGCCGCUUGUUUUCGCAUUGAUUCGCGCGGGCGGGGCUGCAGCGCUUCAUAUUAUUUUUAGGAGGUGAAAAACGGCACGUUUUCGGGAUAUUUUACUAGAAGGGUAAGAUGAUCCAGGCUUGCACUGCACUGCACUGUAUUGUAUUUAUUUAUUUAUUAUAAAUUUAUUGUACUGUUCGGUACGAUUGCGAAUAUUUUAACGCUUGUAAAAAAGCGCGCCGUGUGCGUUUCUGUUAAAGAAAGGAAGGAGUACGCCUCUGAGUCUUAGUCACCAGUGAAUUCAUUUUCCGCGGCCAAGCCUUCGUUUAUUAAAGGAAGAAAGGGGGCGCGCCCCGCUGCCGCCAUGACCCUGCGGCUGCACUGCCUCUCCUUCCGGCAGCCGUACGCGGGUCUCGUGCUCAACGGCGCCAAGCGCAUAGAGACGCGCUGGCGACCCCUGCUGGCCGGGCUGAACAACUGCACGCUGGCCGUGCACAUCGCGCGCCAGGACUGGGAGGGCCACGAGUGGCGGCGCGUGCUCACAGACGCACUGCGCAUGAGCGCGAAUGACGUGGAGGAGCUGCUGCGCGCGGGAGACCAGUUCGGUCGCGGCGUCGUAGCAGGCCUGGUGGAAGUCGGCGACACCUGGUUCUGCUCCGACGACGUGCCGGACGAGGACCUCCGGGAGCUGGAGAAGGAGGCCGUGCUGACGGGCCUCGGGCGCAAGUACCUGACCCGGCUGUCGGCGCCGCGCUGGCUCAGGGAGCCUCUCCGUGCCCGCGGCCAGAAGGGUUUGUGGACGGUGGACGUUCCGGUGCGACUGCUGCCCGAAGUUCGUCAGGGCCCGCGCUAGCCUAGCAGCAGGGGGAAGACCUCGCGGUCCGGUCUCGGCGGAGGACGUAGACGUAGAGUUUUUGUCUGCCCUUUUUUUUAGCUCUUUUUUCAUGCCUCUCUCAACUACGUACAAGGUGUCGCUAAAACUCUUUGUUUUAUCCUUUGAAUAAACUGGGCUUUGAGAUGUCAAAGGUCAUAAAUGGGUAAAUGAUGGCGCUCAGCUCGACGCUCGCUGCAGGCGGGGUUCACAUCCCGUCUGGAAGCGGGUUGUAGAAAACGCGCAAGAGUGGGCCGACGUUCCUCCGCAGCGACGGACGGGAGACCCGGCUGAACGGCUGCAGGAGAAACGGUAUCGGCUGUCAGCACGUAUAGCUGCUAACCUAAAUUUGUUCAUUUCCUUAUGUGGAAAUAUGGAAAACUAACAACUUCCAAGUUGCAGUCGGUGCAACUACUGAUUGUCUUUGGUUGCGUAUUUUGUUUUCUUCAGUGAUAAGAGUGACAAAAAUUAUACUGGUGUCACUUUUUCUCUCACACUCCAUUCAUAUGCUGCUACAACUAAAAUAUAUCUGCUCAAGAUUACUGUUAAAAGCUGAAAAAGGGGGGAAAUUUGGAAAGGGGUAAAUUCUUCUUCGCAGCAGCAGCACUGUAAGAGGUGAACGGAACAGAGUGGGAACACACCUAAAACCGACAUGGAAAAUUAGCAAGCAUUUUGUGUCCAAUAACAGUGGCUGGAGUCACUUCGGAGGCUCGGCGGGAGGUGCAAACAGGCGUGUGGUUUUUAUUGUGCGGGUGCUCAGGAAAAGGGGUUUGUGACGGGGGGGUGGUGACUGGUUGGGGUGCAGCGCAGGCCUCUUGUCUUGCCUUUGCUCUUGGGUCCUGGGUUGUCGGUUCCCCGUUUACCAUCAGGGAGAGGGGUUAAAUGGGCUAAGUGAAAAGGAACAGGUGUGCGGUCUUUAUUCCUACACCCCACUUCCCCCACAGUGGGCAGGCUUCAAUAUCACUACCCAGUACUGUAUUUUAAUACACUCUGAACAAUUUGGCAAAUUUUAUAAUGUGAGCUGUAAAUCAUACUUCACUCUAAUCAUUUAAAAAUACAAAACUACACUCCAACAAGUAAAAGCAUAUUUCAGUAGUUCUGUAAUUUAUUAUUAAAUCAAGGGUGCAAAUUAUUCAUCUUAGAGCAUGGGAAGAUGACAUUUAGAUGUGUGUGCUUCUAUCAUUGAACAUAAAAAAUGAAGAACUGGAAGAUUAAAGAAGAAACAAAGUGAUAAUAUGUAAAAUUCAAAGUCAAGAACAUAUCCAAGCUUGUCAGGGAAUGCUGUACUGUCGCCAUGGAAAUGUAAGGUUAACACUUAAGUGAGCAGCAGGUCAAAAGCAAAGACAAGGAGCACAGUCUUGGUUUUGCAAGCUAGCAAGAACUGGAUGUCCUGAGCAGGUAAGUGAAUCAUUGGCAAA